UUGUUCUUCAUAUAUGGAAAGUGUUUGCAAUAGAAGCCAACACGCAAAUGUUGGUGGACUCCUUGUUGCUUCACGAAGAGUCCCAGCUGCCAAUUCCCCAAUGAAUAUGUUUUUGUAAUUGGGGAACAUCUGUUUCAGUACUGCUCGGGUUCACCUGCACGGAGCUGAGGUGACCUGCAGUUGCAAAAGCUGCUCUUUGUCCCUGUCCCCAUUGGAAGUUAGCUGCCUUUCUAGUAACCUUGUAGAGGGUUUUUAAAAUAAUAAUCUGUAAAUGUGGUAUGUGAUUUCUCUAGUGUGCCAACAUACCAAUUAGGAGCUGCAUCUGAGUUUUGUGUCUGAGUGGUGGGAUUAAAGGCAUGUGCCACCAUCACCUUACUAACUGUAACUCUAGAAUUUAGAAAAUAAGUAACUUAAAGAGAUACCACUGUCUCUGCUGGUAUUAAAGGCAUUGGCUACCAGUAUACUCUUCAAAUAUUUUAUCUUAGCCCCAAAUCACUCCAACCCUUAGAGAUUUACAAAACAAGUUUGAACUGUAGUAACUUUUUAAAUUUACUUAAAAAUGUUCAAUCUCUUAACCGUGUUUUUAAUACCAAAGAAGAAAACUGAAAAGCUGAUGUCCAAGAUGGCAUGGUCUAGGUGGCAAUUGACCAUCUAACAUCCUAACAUGGAAUGUUAGAUCCAUGGUUUUAGAAAACACUUUUGUUGUUUUUUUUGUUUUGUUUUGUUUUUUGAGCCAGAUCUGGUGUCACUUGCCUUUAAUCCCAGGACUCAGGGAGGCAGAGGCAGGUGGAUCUCUGUAAGUUCGAGGCCAGGCUGGUCUAAGCAAGCUCUUGACAGCCAAGGCUACACAGAAAAACUCUGUCUUGAAAAAAACAAUUUCAUACCAGUAAGACAAGUAUGCCUUUGGUAAAUUAUCAUUUGAAAAUAUUGUUCUUUUUCUUUUCUUUCUUUUUUUUUUCAGCAUUAAAGUUUUUAUUCAUGUCAAUUGUUAAAAAAGAGCAUCUAUGUUGUUGAUUAUUGAUACACAUUAUCGAUUUAUCUUUUAGUGAAACGAUGGUUAUUCCUAAACAGCUGUACACCCAAAUCACCACCCAGAGACUAGGAUGUAUUUAGUUAACUUAGAGCACAAUGCUGGGCAAUGAUUACUCCAUCCUAAACCUCCAAGCCCACAUAUCUUCCUCUCAUUCAGAAUUUCCCACAUUAUACUUGCUUUUAGUCAUAUCUUAGGUCCAAUUCAUCUCCUCAAGAUUCCAAGUCCUACUAUUCUCCAACUCCUCCCACUCGCUUCUUUCUCCUUCCCUCCCGACCAGGAAGUCCCACCCUAUUCUCUCCAUUACUCAGCAUAAUUGACAAUAUAGAGAACAAAUGGUACCAUGAUUAUACAAACUUGAGACAGAUGAUGCUUAGAAUAAGCAUCACAACGCAAUGUCCGGAUUGAAACCAGAUAAUGGGGGAGAGAAAUCAGCAUUUGAAUGAACAACGGUAAAUUAUAUACAUUCUACAAGAACAUUAUACCAACAUGUCUUUAUCAGUGUCAGGUGAGGGAGGAAGAGGAAAACAAGGCAGGACAAGGUGGAGGAAUCCCCUCUAUUGGUAAUAAAGUUCCAGGUCCAUCCCAUUGCGGAUUUUAUAAUCUCCCAGAGACAUGUGGUCCUUAAAACCGUGUACCACCAGGAGACAACUUCCUGAACAAAAUACCAACAGCUCAGGCUCUAAGUUCUACACUUAAUAAAUGGGACCUUGUGAAACUGAAAGGGUUCUGUAAAGCAAAAGACACUGUCAAAGACAGUCAAAAGGACAGCCUACAGACUGGAAAAAGAUCUUCACCAACCCUACAUCUCAUAGAGGGAAAAUAUCAAGAAUAUAUAAAGAACUCAAGAAAUUAGACACCAACAAACCAAAUAAUCCAAGUAAAAAAUGGGGAACAGAGCUGAGCAGAGCAUUCUUCACAGAGGAAUAUCAAAUGACAGAGAAACAAAGAAAUGCUCAACGGUUCUCAUCAGUUCUUAGCACUGUGAGUGUUUCAGGUGCGGUCACCAUGCCUCGGGAAACUGAGGAAAUCAAGGACUUUCUGCUCACAGCCCGGCGGAAGGACGCUAAAUCUGUCAAGAUCAAGAAGAACAAGGAUAAUGUGAAGUUCAAGGUUCGCUGCAGCAGGUACCUCUACGCCCUCAUCAUCACAGACAAGGAGAAGGCAGAGAAGCUGAAAUAGUCUCUACCCCCUGGUUUGGCAGUGAAGGAGCUGAAAUGAACCAGUCCUCUGCAUUUAACUAUUAAAAAUUCUGAAAAGGCCAAAAAAAAAAAAAAAAAAAGCUCAACAUCCUUAGUCAUCAGGGAUAUGCAAAUCAAAACAACUCUAAGAUUCCCUCUCACACCCCUCAGAAUGGCUAAGAUCAAAAACUCAAGUGACAACACAUGCUGGAGAGGAUGUGGAGAAAGGGAACCUUCCUUCAUUGCUGGUGGGAAGGUAAACUUGAACAACCACUUUGGAAAUCAAUCUGAUGCUUUCUCUGAAAAUUGGGAAUAGCGCUACCUCAAGAUCCAGCUAUACCAUUCCUGGGUAUGUACCCAAAAGAUACCCCACCAUUCAAUAAGGACAUUUGCUCAGCUAUGUUUGUAGCAGCUUUAUUUGUAAUAACCAGAAUCUGGAAACAACCUAGAUGCCCCUCAACGGAAGAAUUGACACAGAAAUUGUGGCACAUUUACACAAUUAAAUACUAUUCAGCAAUUAAAAACAAGGAAAUCAUGAAAUGUUCAGGCAAAUGGAUGGAAACAGAAAAGAUCAUUCUGAGUGAGGUAACCCAGAAAGACAGGCUUGGUAUACACUCACUUAUAAGCAGAUAUUAGCCGUAUAAUAUAGGACAGCCAUCUACAGACCUGAAGAAGCUAAACACUAAGGAGGAUCCUAGGAAAGAUGCUUAAAUCUUAUUCAGAAUGGCAGAUAGGAGAGACACCAGAAGGGGUAAGGGAGGAAACAGGAUGGGAGCCUACUAUAGAGGGUCCUCUGAAAGGAUCCACCCAACAGGAGAACAAAGCAGAUGCUGAGACUCACUGCCAAACUUUGGGUAGAGCACAGAGGGUCUUAUGGAAGAAGAGAAGAUUGGGGAUAGAGGGACAUGGAGGGGACAGGAGCCCCACAAGGAGACCAAUAAAGCUAAAGGAUCUGAGCCCAGCGGGUCCUGCAGAGACUGAUGCACCAAAGGAGGACCAUGCAUGGAGAGGACCUUGACCCUGCUCAGGUGUGGCCAACCGGCAGCUCUGUCUCCAUGUGGAUCUCCAAGUGAGGGGGGCAGAGCCUGCCUCUAUCAUGAACUCAGUUGCCUGCUCUUUGAUCACUCACCCCUGGUGAUGAGGCCUUGCCAGGCCAUGGAGAAAGAGGAUGCAGGCAGUCCUGAUGAGACUUAACAAGGUAUGGGCAGAUGGCAAUGGUGGAGAGCUCCCCCUUUCAGUGCAAACCACCUCGAUCAUCGAGGCUGGCGCUCUCAUCUCCUCGGGACUGUGGACCACGACACAAGCUGUAGCUGCAACGCUGAUGGCUGGCCCGAUGUAGGGCUGGAAACAGAAAGCAGAGGUCUUUUUAUUGUCUCACGCCCGAUCAAAGGAAAGGCAUUUGUUAGUCUUUACAUGUUAGUUAGGACUGAAUGGCCAAGCUGCCUGACUAACUACGGCCUCUCCUCAUUCAGAUCUCGCCUUAUCAAAAUUUUUAUUCACGUGGAUUGUUAAAAAUGAGCAUCAGUACCAGUGUCAAGUGAGGGUGGGAGAGGAAGGCGGGGUAAGAGUAGAGGGGAAUUAAUGGAAAAUGUACUGAAAGCCUCAGAGUUUCAUAAGAAACACCACGUUAACAGCAAAGGUUUGAAGAGUUUUCUCUUACCUGGCAACACCUGCCUUCCCCUCCCACCUUCAUUUGACACUAGUAGAAAUGUUCAUUUUUUUGUUUGGUUUGUUUUAGUUUGGUUUGUUGUUCAAGAUAGGGUUUCUCUGUGUAGCACUGGCUGUCCUGGACUUGCUUUGUAAACUAGGCUGGUCUCAAACUCACAGUCAACCACCUGCCUCUGCCUCCCUGAGUCCUGGGAUUAAAGGUGUGUGCCACUAUGCCUGGCAUAGAUGAUCAUUUUUAGCAAUACACAUGAACAAAAACUUUGAUGCUGCAAAAAAAUCAGAAAAAGUAAAAGAAAAAUAACAAUAUUUUUAUAUUAAUUUAACUGGUAUACUAAUUAUAUGCCAGUUUAAUUAUAAAUUAAUUUUUAUAUUAACUAACUUACUGGCAUAAAAUGAAAAAUGUGUUUUCUUCAACCACGUGUCUUAAAUCCAUGUUAGAAUGUUGGACUAUAGAUUGUCACAUGAAGCCAUUUUGGAUAUUAGCUUUUGAAUCACAAAUUAAUUUUAAAUAUAUGGGCUGAUUUAAUUCAGCAAUUUUCCCCCUACUAUUUAAUGUCUCUCCGUAGCUGUUGUUACUUUCUUAUCAGCAUUCAAAGAGUUUAGAGUUAAUAGAGCACUGUGUAAUCUUUCUCUAAGGAGUCUUUAUUAUCCCUUACUGUUUAUUAAGCUUCUCAUUUAAAGGGAAGGAGAUCUUUCUAAAACUGCUUGUACUGUAUGAUUAUGUGGUAUUCCUCUAAUAUGCUUUGUUGUAAUAUGCAAAAAAUUUGUUUCAUUUUUCUAGAGACCUAUGCUGGAGCAUUGUCAAUCAUUGCUGUACAGGUAUC